GCACACACACAGAUCAGACAGUGAUCGGUGCGUCUCCCUGCACAGAGCAGCCAAGCAACCGCGCAGUUUUUUUCAGGUAGUUGUCAGAGGGAAGAAGUGGUCUGGACUGCUUGACUGUGUUGUGUUUCUUGGCGCGGGACUCAGAGGUGGAGUGGGUCUUCGUCUAUUUUAGACUAAUUCAGGAAGUGGGUUGAUGUAACAGUCACCAUUCACUGCCUUUUUUUCACCCUUGAUCUAAUGAUGGGAAAACGACAGGCUGUGUUGCUCGCUUUAUCUCUUUUUCUACCUCUGCUGUCUGCAUUUAAAAAUACCAAUGGAACAAAUGGAAGUUGGGUUCUCUGGGAAUGCCAUCACCCCUUCUCUGACCCAUCCGAGGCCAAGGAAAGUAGAAUAUAUUGGCAGGGGAUAGAACCAUCUAAAGUUCUACAUUUUUGUAAGGAAGGAGAAGAAAACUUAGACCACCAGGAUGAAUCAUUUAAAAACAGGACUAAGAUCUUUCCCAAUCAGAUACCGUCUGGAAACUUGUCUCUUGCCAUUAAGCUUGAUCUGGAACAUGAUAAUAACUCGGUUGAAGUUGUUAUCUCGAGCAAAGAUACAAAGAAAAUCUGCCAGACGACUCUGAACGUAGCAGUUUCUUUCCAGAAACCUACAGUUGAAAUGAACCAAACUGAUAUGACAGUAACCUGCAGCACAAAGGGAGGAUACCCUGUACCUGAAGUCAAAUGGACCUCCUGGGAUCGUGAGUCAGGACUGGAACGUACACUGGAGGAAGAUGAAAUUUGGAAUAACAUCACUAAAGAAAAAAAACUCUACAACAUUGUCAGCAAAGCCAACGCCACUGGGUCAAAGAAAAUGACCUGCACUGUUUACAACCCAACUUCAAAUGAGAUCCUCAUUGGAAGUAUAGAUAUACCAGCCCAAGGAACAGACAAUCAUAAUGGGCUUGGUGUUGGUGGUAUUGUUGGUAUUGUUCUUGGUGUUGUUCUUGUUGGCGUUCUUGCUUUUGUCCUUUACAAAUGCUGCAGACAACGUUGUCAACAAGGACCUGCCCAUCAAUAUAUUGCAGCAUUUAGAAGACAGGCCACCACAGAAUGAUUAAGUUUUCCUUUGUCAUUCAUCUGUCAUCAAUUGUUCUCCUACAACCAGUGAAAUAAUUUCUUCUCUGCUGGACUGGUGCUGGACUCAUGGCCUGGAGCUGAAUGUUUUGAAAACCAAGUAAGCAGUUAUGGACUUCUUUAGCCGAUACCAAGACCACCUACCCCUGGCCAUCGACGAUACAGAAGUCCAGCAGUGCCAAAGCUCUUUUUUUUUCUUACUGUUAUUUGUGAUGUGCAACUGAAUAAAUAAUAAUAAUGAAUAAUAAUAAUGCAUAGGGUUCGUACAGGUGCUUGAAAUCUGUAAAGAAAAAUGUAUUUUACCCCAGUGAUAAGGCGCUGUGCUGGAAAACUUUUAAAAUUACCCUUAAAAGUACUUGAAAAGUGCUUGAAUUUCAUCUGGGGAAAAUGUGUAUGAACCCUGAAGAAAGCAGAACUGUGUUCUCACAUUGUACUGUCUCGAUAUGGUGCUAAAAAAGAAAAAAAAUGACAACUUCUUCACAAUUUUAUGCACUGAUUCAUCUUGCUGAUAACCCCAAUCGGUCUGGUCAGGAGAAAAUAAUAAUGAAAUAAAAAACAGAAGGUCUAUUCAGAACAUAAAUGAGGGCACUUACUGCACAUGCUGUUACUACACACAUCAGGUUUCACAUUUCAUAUAUUGUUCCUCUGAUUUGGACAUGUAUUACCAACUUGUACUUAUUUAUCAGUAACUUAAAAAAAUGAUGGACAUUGUAAUUGAUUUUAUUUAUUUUGUUAUUUUUAUUAUUAUUAUUAUUAUUAUUAUUAUUAUUAUUAUUAUUAGGUAUUUAUUGCAUGUAUUACACUUUAUUAUGCACUAGCUACUAUUGUACAAUAUAUAUGUCUAUCUGCACUCUUGCCUUGUACUUUAAUCAGUUAUCAUUAAUGCUUUAUUGAUUAUGUUUUAAUUGUAGUUGUCUGUUCUUAACUUGGGUCAUUUCCAUUUUUAUACAACUCUAAAUUGCCCAGUAUAUGAAUUGUGCUAUGCAAAUAAACCUACGUUGCCUUGUCUUGCUUUCUCAGAUAAUAAUUCCAAUAAUUCCUUGAAUGUCUGCAUUAAGCUGCUCUCACUGACAGUAUGAUAAAUGAUGACUGGUUGAUGUGUUUGUUGCUUAUAUUGUAUAUUGUACUUACGAUUCAUUACUUGAGUGGCAACUGAAGACUGGAAAACUGAAUUACCCAAUUUUGAAUAAAUGAAAUUAUCCAUGUCUGUAAAAAAUUAAGUGUUGUUAUUCAGGAAAAUCAAGGUAGGCAUGCUCAGGUCAUUGGUCUUUGAAAUAGAGUGGCCUAGACCAAAUGCGCUGCUGCCAUCUGCUGGUGUUUGCUGGUAUGACACUGAAUUUUAGAACACUUGGUUUAGACAAAAAAAA